UCAAGCAUUUGCCAGAUGAAGGUCCAGGAAGUGUGCAGCGGAGCCUUCUUUCCUCCACAUUUGACGUUUGGUGCUUUUUGCAUCGUAGCGUUUCGUUCUUCUACACUGAGGAGAGUGCACAAAAGGACAUAAAGAAGGAGGAAUAGAAAGACUUGAUGCAGAUAAAGAAGACAGGAUAACUCAACACAGUAGAAGAAGACUGAAAGGGAGCUUGUAGUGAUGGCUGAGGCACCUCAGCAGCAGCAGCAGCAGCAGCAGGAGGAGCAGCAGCAGGAGGAGCAGCAGCAGGAGGAGCAGCAGCAGCAGCAGCAGCAGCAGCAGCAGGAGGAGCAGCAGCAGCAGCAGCAGCAGCAGGAGCAGCAGCAGCAGCAGCAGCAGCAGCAGCAGCAGCAGGAGGAGCAGCAGCUGACCACUGUGGAGGCGACGGAGACCAACGAAGGGUCUGAGGAACCGGAGGAGAGUGUCCAGACGACACCGACCCGGCCUCUGCUGUCCAUGAGGUCCAUGAGCACUGUGGACCCAGACGACGACUCCCCCAACAUGAUCGUCUACAGAAAGAUUGAAGAGAUUGUCACUCACAUCCAGGAUGAAACAGAGGGUGUGCCCAUCAGAACUGUCAAAAGUUUCAUGACCAAAAUCCCCAGUGUAGUAACAGGUACAGAUAUUGUGCAGUGGCUGAUGAAGAAUCUUUUCAUUGAGGAUCCAGCUGAGGCCAUGCACAUCGGCAGUCUCAUCGCAGCACAGGGGUACUUCUUCCCUAUCUCCGACCAUGUCCUCUCCCUCAAAGAUGACGGUACUUUCUACCGCUUUCAGGCACCGUAUUUCUGGCCAUCCAACUGUUGGGAGCCUGAGAACACAGACUAUGCUAUAUACCUGUGUAAGCGGACCAUGCAGAACAAGACCAGGCUGGAGCUCGCAGAUUAUGAGGCGGAGAACCUAGCCAGGCUGCAGAGAGCUUUUGCCAGGAAGUGGGAGUUUAUCUACAUGCAGGCUGAGGCCCAGGUCAAGAUCGACAGGAAAAAGGAUAAAACUGAGAGGAAGAUCCUUGACAGCCAGGAGAGAGCCUUCUGGGACGUCCAUAGACCUGUGCCUGGAUGUGUUAACACGACAGAGAUGGACAUCAGGAAAUGUAGACGCAUGAAGAACCCUCAUAGAGUUAAGAAGUCAGUGUAUGGUUUGGUGGAGGAGGGAACACAGUCUCGGAGUCCCAUACAUACUCCUUCGCACCACUGCAGAAAAGGCACCAAGGAGGAUGUGGAGAAAGAGAUCUUAUUCCUGAACACCCAGCUAGAUCGUCACCGUAUGAAGAUGUCUAAAGUUGCUGAAAGUCUAAUAAGCUACACUGAACAGUACAUGGACUACGACCAGUUUGUGACAGCACAGGAACCGUCCAACCCCUGGACCAGCGACGAUCCCUCCCUCUGGGAUCUGGAGGCCAGUAAGGAGCCCAGUCAACAGCGUAUGAAGAAGUGGGGUUUCUCUCUGGAGGAGGCCCUGAAGGACCCUUCAGGACAGGAGCUCUUCCUCAAAUUCCUGGAGUCAGAGUUUAGCUCAGAAAACCUGCGGUUCUGGUUGGCAGUGCAGGACCUGAAGAGGAUGCCCCAGCAGGACGUGGCACAGAGGGCACAAGACAUUUGGGCCGAGUUCCUAGCCGAGGGAGCACCCAGCUCCAUCAACCUAGACUCCCACAGCUACGAACGCACAAGCCAGAACCUGAAAGAUCCCGGACGAUACAGCUAUGAGGACGCACAGGACCACAUCUACAAGCUGAUGAAAAGUGACAGCUAUACACGCUUCCUGCGCUCCAAUGUGUACCAGGACCUGCUGAUGGCAAGGAAGAAACCUGAAACAGAGCAGGGACGACGCACUUCUCUGGAGAAGUUCACUCGCAGUGUGGGCAAGUCACUGACGGGCAAACGACUGACGGGCCUCAUGCAGUCGUCCUGACAAGGCCUGGAUGAAGAGUAGGAGGAACCAUACCCAGAAGAGCUGCUUACCCUGGGGGUCCAGGUGGAUAAGGACCCUGGGGUAUUUGGGUGUGGCUGUGGGAAGCGGUUGAGGGCGCCAAACGAGCCGAGACCGCCGGAGUGGACCACCACCACGUUUGAACCUCACCUCAGAUCAGUUCAAGAGGGCUGACAGCAUGCAAUAAGUCACCAUACCUGACACCAGGACAGUGCUGUCACAGUGUAAAGGAUAAACACUGCUACUCUUCUUAGGUUUCUACUCAAAAGCCUGCAACACAUCAGGCUUUAUUUCUCUCUUGUUGCUUUUCUCUACUAUCUACACUAAUAUGGUAGCUGAAGACGCUAUCGCUUUACUUACAGUGAUAUAAACAUGGAAUGCUUGAAUGCAAAUGAGACUUAGAUUAAUGCUGUAGCUAGUUGUUUUAUCUCACGUCAUUCACUAGGAUGAUAUAAGGGAACGAGGGAUGAAGAGUAAACACUCGCACUCUUGAGCUGAACUGCUCAAUCUUCACAUUGAUGGCGGUCAGACUUUUUGCUUUAAUGGUGGAACAGGUGGAGUAGUCCACCAACUGUUUAGUAAAUGAGCUUUUUGAUCAAUCUGCUGAUAUGGGAUGACAUAACAAAUAACCUCUGUGUGUCCAGUAGUGGUUUACAAUGUGUGUUUACAUUUAAUUCAAGCUAAUUUCUGUUUUCAUGCUCAUUACAGACUGAUUAAAACGACGGCAACUUUAGGAAAAUUAUAAUUUUUUCUUCAUUUUUUUUAGCUGCAAUAGCUGUUUUGGAGUGUCAUGGCACUGGCAACAUUUCUUAUUUAUUUAUUAAAUUAUCGCACAUCUAUGAAAAAAAUCUAAUUUCAUGAAUUAUCACUGCCACCGUCUGUUUUUAACUAACAUUUCUCCAAAGCCUUGUAAUAACUGCACUGAACAGACAGAGGUGUAAGCUUGUUGUCAUAAAAAGGUAAGGACUGGUUGAUCAUUUUCCAAAAACCAUUGUAGGACUUUAAAUGAGCGAGUUGAUAUAACGUUAGGCUUUACUCUAUCUUCUGAACAUUCCACUUCAGGCAGCCACAACAAGGCUCUAGUGGGCUGACCUCUAAUCAUUCUCCACCUUAUGUAAAGAGGACCAUGAUAAUAAAAGAGGAAUGCACAAUAAAGUGAGUGAUUUGGCCUGUUA